AGCAGACCCGUUGGAUGAGGACAGGCUGCCUCAUUUAGAAACAAGCCUUUCUGCAUAGUAUAUUGUCAAUGUUUAUGCUGGACCAGCCUACACAUCAGGAAAAUGUGAGGGUACAAAACAGCACUGAACAGUCUGUGAUCCAAAUGCUGUGUAAGCCAACAAUGCACAUAAUUGCUGUUUUCAUCUGUGAUAACGUCAUUUCAACAAGACAGAUCUGCUUCUCCACGGAAUAUGUCAGAAAAGAACUAUGUGAAUAGAAGGAUUUGGGGAGCAAGAGCAGCAGUUCCAGUUCUUCCAGACACCACAGUAACAUGUUUUUAACAGGGCAGCCAGCAAAUGAGCAUGCAAGCAGCAAAGUUCUGUUCUGGAAUACAGCCCAUUUUGUAGCAUGAGACUUUCUCUACGCUUUUUGUUUCAGCAUCACCUGACAGGAUUGGAGUAACCACAACAAGAUGCACCUAAGUGGUAUCUCACUAACUUCUCUGUAACAAUACAUUAAGUAGUUUUUCAUUUAUUAUGGUCUUGCUGUGAUGAUGUAAGCAACAUUCUGCCUUUAGAGGACAAUUGCAAGAAGAUAGCAAAUAAAUGGUGCUCUGAAAAAAACAAGAUCUUGAAUGCCCUGUUAGUGUUUCAUUGGGAAACAUUGAUCUAAGUGAAUAGAAAUGCUUGCUCCAGAAAAAUGCAUCCUAAAGAACUUGAACACUGUUCACUUGAGGAACAUCUCUGCAAGCCUAAGAACUUUAAACCACAAUAAUGAAUCAAACGCUAAUGGGAAGUCAGCUCAAAAAGAAACAUGGGAGAAGGAGUUAUGCAGUCUUUGUCUGCACAAGAACUGUAUCCCAUCUGAAGUGGAUGCAAACUUUAAUAAUCCUUCUUUUCCUUGCAUGUGCUGCCAGCUGCACCCCCCACAGCUUGAAAAGCUACCCGCUCAGCCUCUUGCUAGGAAUACAGUCUCUACUACCAAUGUGGAGUCUCUUUCACCAACCACUCUUUUGUCCCCUUCACAGUUCACAGCUAGCCCAACAAGCUCAUCUUCUAUUAGCAGCUGCUCAGACUUUGAUUCUGAUUCCAGUCCCAAUUCUACUUGCUCCAAAGAGUUUCCAUCAGAGGACCAGGAUGAAGAAGCCACAUCUCCUUUAAGCCAGCCUACCAUUGUGCCCCUAGAAGAACAUGAUUUCAGAUCUGAUACCAACGAACAGAAGAAGCAUGACAUUUUGUCCCAUAGAGAAUGCCACCAACCCAAAUCUGAAAGCAGCCUUUAUUCUGUUACCCUCAGUGCAUCUGAGGCUAACACUCCUGAUAUAUUAUGCCAAAGUAACUAUUCCACCAGUAAUACACCCAGCAAAGUAUCAGCUAUAAAUAGUGAAACAGACAACAAAACAGCUACCUCUGCAGUAGAGCUACUAAACAAUCAGCAUAUUCCUAGAUUCACUCCAUUACACAAAAAUUCAGAAAACCUUGAUUCAGAGCAAAAUGGCACACAAGUAUCAACCAGACAACCAUCAGCUGCUGCUGGUAACUUAGGGCAUAUAUUGAUAAAUGGUGAGACUCAAGCCCCAACUCACUGUACACAACAUAAUCAACCAUUAAUUCUGAGUAUGGGUAAAAAAACGCCAGAUUUAGUAAACAAAAACUCUGCUAACUGUUCAGAACAUGCAAUAGCUUCACCACAUGAUCUGCCCGAUAGCACAAUUUCAUCUGCACCUAACACACAAAUUAAUGUGAUAUUUGAUUCAUUGAACACCCAUCACUUCUGCUUAGACAAUGAAAAACAAAGAUCAAAUAUAAAUGAGCCAUCAAAGAAAACUGUCACAUCAUUUCAUGAGUUAGCACAAAAGAGGAAAAAGAGCACAUUAGGGCAGCAGAUUCAGGGGAGAAAUGACAAAAGUGACUGGCUGAUUGUGUUUUCACCUGAUACUGAGCUUCCGCCUGCAAGUGAACUGUCUCAGGCAGCUUUUGAGCAGAAACAAAUGAGAGCUGCUCCUGAAAGUGAUGAAGACAGGAGAGGGCCAAAUGUAACAACAUUUAAGGAACUCCGCUACAAGAAUGCUUUGACAAAACAGAACAGUCAGCAAAGUCAUAACUACUCACUAUCAGCUCCAGCAGAAUUCUGUGGUAGAAGUGGAACCAAUCUGCAGCAGUUAGUGGAAGAUAGACAGUAUGAACUGGUGAAGGACCACUAUCAUCCCCUGAAUGAAGAGGCAGAAGGAAAACCAAGUCUAACAGACUACGGCUCAUCAGGGAAUGACAGUGGAAUUGGUUCACCUGAGGAAGACCUACUUCCACAGCUAAAAGGACAUAUUGUUACUUAUUUUGAACAUAUGCCCAGAAGAAAAAAGUCCAGUUCCACCUUGCAACCCAUUGAAGAAUGGCCAGUAAAUGAACUGAGUGAUGGAGAGCUGAAAAAAGAAUAUGCAUUGAAUAAAAGAAAAGGUGUUCAGGGAGAAGAAACAUUACGAUUCACGGGAAGAUCUACAUACCUGGAAGAAUAUCAAGUCCGUGGAAAAGCAGAUGGAGGGGACAAGGGCAGCAAACAUGCUGGCCCAGUAUUAACUCAGGGUCACAGACCACAGACUCUUCAUUUCCAACCAAUUGUUUUCCAUUUCCCAGCAGAUGGGAAUGCAGUAUGUGCGAGUCUCUGCUCCGCUUCUGACCCUCCUUCUAAUGCUGUAUGUCACCAGCCCCCCAAUUUGGAGAACUGUGAUGUAAAGUCACCAGUCCUGCUCGGCCCAUCUUUCUGUUCAAAGUUAAAGACUGUUUCAUGUGAUGAGGUCUGCCUUCUGGCUGCAGGAAAGACAAGAGACUUUGCUUUUGUCUCUCCUGAAGAGCUACUGCCUAUGAGACUGUCUCCUGUAGGAGAUUACUCCCCCCCUCAGAGAGGGGCCCCACCUUUGCUACAGAGCCCAUCUCUUUCUUCUCAAUUAGCACCUUUCUUUCCAAGAAGCAGGACCUUCCCUACUUUGUUUCUUCCAUCUCAGCUGUCUUCAGAACUUUUAAUGAAUAAAGGGACUGCCAGGAUCCAGGAAAAGGAUUCCGGGGAGGAGAAGAAUCAUGGACCGGAAGAUACUCAUCUGCAUUUCAGCUCUGUGUCUCUCUUUACAUGGCAUAAAACUAAUCAGAGGAAUCCAGCAGAAGAGAAACAUUCAGAAUAUGGUGCUCUGUGCCAUCAACGUCUGCUGAAUGCUGUAAGUUCUUCGGUAGAUAAACUUGUUUCCUAUUUCAGUACCACAAGAAAUUUAGUCCAGAAGGCUCAGCUGGGAGACAGCAGAAUCAGCCCUGAAGUGGGACACCUAGUUUUAUUUGGUCUCAAUCCUGCACUGUUAGCAGUUUUGAAGGAUGGCCUGAAACCGUAUCAGAAUGACGUUAUUGUGGGACGGAGGAAGAACUCAGUGUGGCGCAUGGUUGAAGCAUCUGUGAAACCGGGUCCAGAAACUAUAGCAUUCUACAGUUUGUACUGCAAGAUAUGUAAGCUUCCCCAGCUCAAAACAUCCAGAAUGCGGUUCAAUGCCUUUAUCUUUGGUCUCUUGAACCUCAAGCUGCUGGAAUUCUGGUUUUCACAUUUAAGACAGUGUACUGACAUAUUGUCCAUGCACUAUGAACCAAAGGCCUUCCUCUCAUUAUCCAACACCUCACUGAAGCAUUUGUUUGAUGAACUACUGCUGCUUCUUCAGCCUCUGUCCAUCUUGACUUUUAACCUUCAUAUUCUUUUUGAGCAUUGCCACCAUUUUGUAGAAGAUGCAGAACAGUUAAACAAUCAUACUGUAUUUAAACAAACUGAAAAGAGAUUAAGUGUUCUUCAUGCCAAUAAAAGAAGAGAAAAUACCUCCUCAUCUAAUCAGUAUCCUAGGGGACUUACCACUGAACUUAAAACUCUAAGUCAUAUGCAGAGAGGUACCAACAAACCAGACUCUGAGAAUAUUAUAGAUGAAUGUGCAGAAAAAAGUGAAUGUUAUGGCAAGCUACCAAGUCAACGAAACGUCUGUGUUGAAGAAGGUUUAGUUUGUAGUACUAGUAGAUCACUGACUGAAAACAGGAAACAGUCAGUGGAACAAUCCCAAAAUGCAGUAGGAGAGACACUACAGCAUACCUUUGAGCAGGUCGUGCAGUGGGGGGACAGACUUGCUCAAAACUUAGUGAAAUUCAAAGAACAACAUAAUGGGCCAGCCAAUGUGCCUCAGGUUCAAGUCAAGAGUGAAGAGAAAAGUAGCAGAGUUUCCAAUGUAAACGAGAUGGCUACUGAGAGAAAACCUGUAAAUUGGUGGGAACAACUUAGUCAGACAUCACGUGUUUACAUCUCUCCUAGUAAAGAAGGUUCUUUUUUAGCUAAGUGGUUAAAACCAAAGACACCCGAUGCAGUGCAUAAUUCCAUAUUUUCAUCAAGCAAACAAAAUGAAUCAUUCAGAUCUGAACCACUUGUGAUACUGAGGGUCCAGAAUACGAAAGAACACACCAUGGAGAUUAAAAAAGAUGAAUCAGUGCCAGCUGAGAAUAGCAUUAAUAACAACUAUUCUGAAUGUUCCGUUGCAGUGCAGAAGAAAGAACCCAAAACAAAUGACACAGGAGUUUUACAAAAUACAGACAAACCUUCUGAUGAUUCAGCAAGUGAAAACCGAGGCACUGGAGAAGGUGCUGUAAAAAGAGAUGAUGUUGACAAUGAAUGCCAUUAUACAAAACCUGAAAAAAAUUGUAGCCCUCCCUCUGUGCAAUGUGAUGUAAGGAAUUUAGAUAACUCUUAUGCAUUUAACAAACUGGAAAAUACAAGAACAGAAAUGUUGCCUUCAAUUGGGAGCACAAUGUGGAUGGGAAGGAUAUUUGGAGCAACAAGUCCUUCUAACAGAACAUCACAGGAUGAGCAGGGGGCCAACCAGCUCAAAUCAAGGAGGCCUUCCAGUUGGCUUGCACCGAAUCUGAAUGUCUUUGGUCAGGCACGUAAAGGAACGAUAACUGAGAGAGUUAUGCCACCGCUGGUUUUGGAAGAAGCAGACACUGUUUCAUCUGACGAGGAGACUAAACCACAGAGAGCGGUAAAAGCACUAUGCAGCCACACUGGGCAGGGAGAGCAUGAGCUAAGCUUUGAAAAAGGAGAUAUCCUCAAAGUUGUCUCCAAUGUGGAUGAAAACUGGAUUCGUUGUUGCCAUGGAGACAAGAUUGGCAUAGUUCCAGUUGAAUACACUUCUCUUAUUUUAUAAGUAUUCAGUGAAAAAUAACACCUACGCUGAGUGAAAAUGUAAGAUGUGCUGAGAAUGUAGCGAAGCAAAAUUGGUUACUGAGGAGAAAGUGACAUUCUCUCUUUUUUUGUAAUUCUUCAAUUAAAUGGCAUUUGACAUGUUA